GAAGUCACUAAUGAAAUGAUCGUGACCAAGAACGGCAGACGGAUGUUCCCGGUCCUAAAGAUUAGCGUCACGGGGCUGGACCCCAAUGCCAUGUACUCGCUCUUGCUGGACUUUGUCCCAACGGACAGUCACCGCUGGAAGUACGUCAAUGGGGAAUGGGUGCCCGCGGGCAAGCCAGAGGUCUCCAGCCACAGCUGUGUCUACAUCCACCCGGACUCCCCCAACUUCGGGGCCCACUGGAUGAAGGCGCCCAUCUCCUUCAGCAAAGUGAAGCUGACCAACAAGCUCAACGGAGGUGGGCAGAUAAUGUUGAAUUCUCUGCAUAAAUAUGAACCCCAGGUUCACAUAGUGCGUGUUGGAGGUGCCCAUCGAAUGGUGAUGAACUGCUCCUUCCCUGAAACCCAGUUCAUAGCUGUGACUGCCUAUCAGAACGAGGAGAUAACAGCUCUCAAAAUCAAGUACAACCCUUUUGCCAAAGCCUUCUUGGAUGCUAAGGAAAGGAACCACCUCAAAGACGUUCCGGAAGCUAUGUCUGAGAGCCAACAUGUGGCCUAUUCUCACUUGGGAGGCUGGAUCUUUUCCAAUCCGGAUGGAGUAUGCACAGCAGGAAACGCCAAUUACCAGUAUGCUACUCCUUUGCCUCUGUCUGCUCCCCACACCCACCAUGGCUGUGAGCACUAUUCUGGCCUCCGAGGACACCACCGGCAGGCUCCAUACCCUUCUGCGUACAUGCACAGAAACCACUCUCCCUCAGUGAAUUUGAUAGAAAGCCCCAGCAAUAAUCUGCAAGUUUUCUCUGGAGCCGACAGCUGGACUUCCUUACCUUCCACACCCCAUGCCAGCAUCCUGUCUGUACCUCACACCAGCGGACCGAUCAAUCCAGGGCCUAGCCCCUACCCGUGCCUGUGGACCAUCAGUAACGGUGGCGGGGGCCCUUCCGGGUCGGGCUCAGAGGUGCACGCCGGCUCCCCGGGAGCGUUUCUCCUGGGUAAUCCAGCUGUGACUUCGCCCCUCUCCACCCAGGCUCCUGCUUCGGCUGGUGUGGAGGUUCUGGGGGAGCCCUCGCUGACCAGCAUCGCUGUGUCUACCUGGACAGCAGUGACCUCGCAUCCCUUCUCAGGCUGUGGUAGCCCGGGUGGGGGUGGGCGCCAGUCUCCCUCCUCACUGGAGAGUUAAGCAGGAUCCUAAGAAAGUUGUCAGCAGAGAACCUGCUAGGUGUAGAGCUCUUAGAAGUCUCACCUACUAAUCCCAGUGAGUCAGACUGCAGAGUCUCCCCACCCAGUGAACGGGGUUAUACCAGAAGCCUACAGGGAGAUGGUUUAGUUUGGAUAAUGCUAAUUUUGUCACCUGCAUCUCUCCACCAUUUUCUUUUUGCGCUCCCAUUUUCUCUGCAACUUAUCGUGCUAAGCUUAGGCAACAAAAGUUCCUUGAGUAUUUUCCUCGUGCCCUGCCCCUUACUGUCAAGUGAUUCUAGAAGGCUGUCCUUCUUGUUCUGUGGAGGUGAUGCAAGGCUGUUAAGUGAGCUCAACAUUUACUUAGCCUAAGGCCACUGCUUUGGAGCUUUGUGCUGCCCUGAAAGUAUGUGUGGCCACAGAGACCAAGGAAGGGUGUAAGUCCGUGGAGUGAAGUUAACGAAAACAGAGCUAAUCACAUAUUACAGCGUAGAGAAUUGAGGAAAUGAGAUCAUGUCACUCCCUGGCUUAGAAACCUUCGAUGGCUCACCAUUGCCUACAGAUUGAAGUCGAUCUCCUCUGCCAUCUGCCCUCAAACCACUUUUCCAGCUUUAGCUACCUGUUUUCCCCUUAGCAUCCUAUAUUUCAGUCAAGGCAUACAUUCUGCCCCUGUCUUUUGAACGUUCAGUGUACUCUCCCAGCUCUGUACCUACUCCUGUACCUGAAAUAUCCUUCUCUGUUCAGUCCUGCCUGUACGAAUCCUGCCCGUCUCCCAGGGACUGGCCAGAGCACCACCCACUGCAUCAAGCAUCUGAUCUGCUGGGCUCCCUGACCUCCCACUGGUUUUGCCUCUGUUCUAGAGCUCACCUCAUUCUGCCUUGUAUUUUUAGUACCUGUGCGUGUGUCUCUCUCCCACUAGACUGUGAGCCCCUCGAGGGUGAGGCCCAGCCUUCUUGUCUCUGUUCCCCAUAGCAGCAUCUGGUUCUGUGCCUUGCCUAUAGUAGGUGCCCAAUAAACACUGGUUGAGUUGA